AUGUCACUCAUUAAAAACGUUGCUCAACAGGCUCGACGAACAAAUGUAGUAGCGUCGAAGGCCUCCUCCUCCGGCGUCUAUCCCCUGGGCGGCUACAACGAGAACAAAGCCCAGCUGCGUCGCGAAACCACCGCUCAAUACUACCGCGACCACGACAUCCACCACGCGGCGAAGAAGGACUCCGUUCGACUCAAGGCGGCUGCUCUUCUGUUCACUGGACGGAUCCCCUCCAACAUCGACCUAAUCCGAUCGGCGCAAUAUCUCCAAAGCGAACUUCCCGUACGCAUCGCUCACCGAAUCAAAGGCUUCAGAUCCCUGCCCUUUAUUGUCGUCACCAAUCCUCAUAUUCUCAAAGUUAUGGAGCAAUACAUUCGCUCCUUCAAGGUGAUCUCAAACUUCAACGACGGUCGAAUGGUGAAAACACAAGAUAAAGUCGAUGAUUUCACGCAUUUGCUCGAAAUCCUGCUCGAUGAGCAUGGAUCCGUUAUCGACGACUUGACCCAGGGUUUCUCCUCCUGCCACGACCACAUUCUCGAAAUCUUCGACGGCGACGAGGAGAAAACACACGAUCUUGUCCAAUCGUUUCUCGACAAAACGCUCACCAGCCGUCUUGGAAUCCGUCUUCUCGCCCAGCAUCACCUUUUGCUCAAGGAUCAGAUUGGACAGAACUCGAAAUAUUUCAUCCCAAAACGCGACAGAAUCGGAAUUGUUGAGAGUAGAUGGAAGCCAGCGAAAGAUAUCGAAGCAAUUGCUAGAAAGAUCCGAGAGUCGUGGAUGUUUCACUGCGACAAUCCGCCACGAGUAAAGCUGAAUGGACAUACAGAGGCGGAAUUCCCAUACAUCCCCAUCGGAGUCGAUUAUAUUCUGCAAGAAGUCUUCAAAAACGCCUUCAGGGCCGUGAUUGAAGCUCAUGCAAACUCUGCGCGACAAAUGCCACCAAUCGACGUAACUAUUGCUGUGAAUCGAGAAGAUUUUACCAUUCGAAUCGCGGACAGAGGAAAAGGAAUGAAGAGUGACGUUAUCGACAAAAUCUGGCGAUACCACUUCACGACCGCUCGCGGCAGGCAAGGAUACGGCGGUGUGGGAGAUCUUUUGAGUAUGGCGAACAGUAACGAAAAGGAACUCGCCGGGUAUGGCAUUGGGCUUCCGAUUUCGAAGGCAUACGCAGAGUAUCUUGGUGGCAAACUAGAAAUAAAGUCAAUGAGCGGCAUCGGCACAGACGUCUACCUAACUCUCAAGCACAUCGAUCCCCACAAGGGUCAUUCCUUCCGUAUUUAA